UAUUCUGUUUCUUCUCUUACUUCCGGUCGCGAUCAGAUCGCAGAAAUGGCUCAAGGUAAACAGAAAUUUAAAGCGCAGCGUCCCGGAGGAGCAAAAAAGCAACAAAACAAACCGAAAGGACCCAAGAAAGGAGGGAGGAUAAUCGCUCCCAAAAAAGCUCAGGUGGUCCAACAACAGAAGCUCAAGAAGGGUUUGGAGGUGGCCAUUAGAAAUAAGAUUGAACAUGAAGUCACACAGAGGGCCAGCACAUCUCUACAUAAGAAACUGAGUGUUCUGAAAACUCCAGGAGGAAAGGGUGGACCAGGCGGACCUUCAAAAUCUGCUUCGGGAUCCUCCAAAACCUGAUCAUAUACAAGACUGACCAUCUUAAACGCAGUGUGUAAUGUACUGUAUGGCCACCAGGGGGCCGCAUCACAUAAAGACUGAUGGGUUCAACUUUGUUGAUUCAACAGAAAUAUUGUAUGGAUUUAUUCCUUAUAGCUUAGUCUGUCAUAGCAGACUCACACAUUCAUCAUGAUCUCAUAAACUCUAUAUCUUAUAUUUAUAGAAUAAAACCACAACUGAUGAUCUUUUAUCAUAUAA